AUGGUCGAGAGCAUCAGUAAUAGUUUCACUUUAUUAAAUAAGAACAAUGCAUUACCACCUUUACUGCUACCCAAUCUUAACUCAACAACUAGCGGUCUGAAUAGAUUCCAUUUCCAAUUCCAAUAUCAAGCACAACCACAACUUAUUGCGAAUCGCAUUGACCCACCAACACUUAAAUCAUUGUUGGCUCAAUUGGAUCAAAAUGGGUUCUCUUCAGAAUCAUCUUCCACGUCCGUAUCAACCGCUACGUCUCUUUCCACAUCAAGAGUCAUCUCGCCCUUGAAUUCACAUGCACCACUUUCUCGUACCCCAUCUCCAGAUUUACAACAGUCAUUGGAAAGAAACUAUACCUUCCAGAAAUCUAAAACAUCAUCAACAUCAAAAGCACCACCAAUAAGGAAAAGAAACAGUUCCAGUUGUGACUACUGUCGUCAAAGAAAGAUAAAAUGUGAUUCCAAUUUCAAUAUAAUAAGGACAAGCAAUCAGUUAAUAGGACCAAUGUUUCCCGAUGAAAUUUUCCAUAUAUUAACCAAAAAAGAAAUUGAUGAAUUGCAGCAAGUUAUGGUCCCACCAUUGGAAUUACCGUCUACUUUAUUCAAUUAUCAAUGGAAUUGGGAGGCAAAUCCGGAAGGGAACCCUAUCCUUUUCAAAAAUAAAAAUGAUUUGAUAUUGUUCACUCCAUGUACAAAUUGUAGUAUGCAAUUCACAUGUCAAUUUAAAGAUAAAUUCCACCCAAAUUUACCAUUCCCCUUGGGGGAAACCUCACAAUCAUCCAUGGAAAAACAACGUAUACCGUCUAACAAGAAAAGGUCAAUGACAGAGCAAAGACCGCAUGAUGAGGAAAAGAAAAGACAAAGGGUUGGACCCAGUUGUGAUCAUUGUCGUUUUAAGAAAAUUAAAUGUGAUUCGCAAAUUAAAGUGGUUCUUGAGAGUAACCACAUCUUGAACUUGAUUUCUAACAAGAUUCAUUACGUUUUCAAUGCUGAUGAAAUUGAACUUUUGAAAACCACUCUAUUAAAGAAUACAACGUUGCCCGAGAAGUUAGCGAAUACAACAACAAUUAAUAAACGAAACAUUGCGGAAGGAAGUGUAUACCCGAUUUUGUUGAAACAUUUUGACAAGAUCAUCUUGUUUAGCCCCUGUACAUCCUGUGAUAAAAACGAGCAGGAUUGUUUAUUUUCAAUGGGGUUUACCAGAUCUGAUAUUGCAACCUGUAAAAUGAUCUUGAAGAAUUUGCCCAAUAAUAAUGAUAAUAUUAAAAAGAAUAUCUUUGAUUUGACCAUUAUGGAUUAUAACUCAUCCAGAACUUUAUAA